CACCACCAGUACCAAGCUCCCUGGUGGUGCCCCGUGGGCACGUCCCCACCAUCGCCCCCAGCCCCAAGGGUGCUCCGGCAGGAGACACCCCGCAGCCCGACCCCGGGGACGCAGCGGAGCCACCGCGUUUGGGGCAGGGCCACGGCGCCGUCAUGGCGGAGCUCCGCGGUGGAGCUUGGCUCGGCCCCCACCCGGUGGCUCCGGUCGUGGUCUGGUGUCCUGCUGCAGCUGGCUGGCUCCAGGAGAGGGUUCGAUGGUGCCCGGACCCCGGCGUGAAGGUCCUGGGGAGCUGCCGCCCUGAACCUCUUCAGCUUGGAGGGGCUCUAUCAUGAGGGAAACCUCCACCGUGAGGAACCUUCACUGGGGGGAAUCUCCACCAUGGGGAAAAACUCCGGCGUAGGGUGAACCUCCAUGGCGGGGGGGAGACAUCACGGUGGGGAACCUCCAUCAUCAGGGAAACUUCCAUCACGGGGGGGACAUCUACCCUGGCGGUACCUUAAUUUUGGGAGAACCUCCAUCCUGAGAGAACCUCCACCGUGAGAGAACCUCCACCAUGGGAGAACCUCCACCGUGAGAGAACCUCCACCGUGAGAGAACCUCCAUCCUGAGAGAACCUCCAUCCUGAGAGAACCUCCACCAUGAGAGAACCUCCACCAUGGGAGAACCUCCACCGUGAGAGAACCUCCACCAUGGGAGAACCUCCACCAUGAGAGAACCUCCACUGUGAGAGAACCUCCACCGUGAGAGAACCUCCACCAUGAGAGAACCUCCACCAUGGGAGAACCUCCACCGUGAGAGAACCUCCACCAUGAGAGAACCUCCACCGUGAGAGAACCUCCACCAUGGGAGAACCUCCACCAUGGGAGAACCUCCACCGUGAGAGAACCUCCACCAUGGGAGAACCUCCACCAUGGAGGGAAACCUUCAUCGUGGAGGAACCUCCCUCCAGGAAACCUCCACUGGGGGGGGAACUUUCAUCGUGGGGGAAACCUCCACCAUGGGGAAACCUUAAUUUUGAGAGAACCUCCAUCCCGGGGAAGUCAUCCAUCGUGGUGGAAACUCUCCGUCAUGGGCAAGCUUCAUCAUGGAGGAACCUUCGUCAUGGGGGAAACCUUCAUUGUGGGGGAACCUCCAUCAUGGGGAAAUCAUCCGUCACGGUGGAGACCCUCCGUCAUGGGGAACCUUUGUCACGGGGGAAGCUCCCUCAUGGGGGACACCUCCAUUGUGGGGAACCUCCCUCACGGGGAAACCCCACUGUGGGGAGCCGCCAUCACGGGGGCACCUCCAGUGCGCGUGUGUGCUCACACGCAUGUGUGUCCACGCUUGCGUGUGUGUGUGUGUCCAUGCUUGCGUGUGCUGCUCCAUACUUGUGCAAGCCCACGCCUGCGCUGCGCCCACCCCUGUGCGCACACCCAUGUUCGGGCAGGCAGGCGCGUGCCGACACGCAGGCACCCGCGUGGCGCGCACAUGUGUGCGCACGCGCACGCCCCCCGUGUGCUCACGCGCGUGUGCACGGCUGCUCCGUUCGCUCCCCCCCGUGCCAGACCCCGGUUUGCGGGUGUCCCCUGUCCCCGGGGCGCACCGUGCCACCGCUGCCCCGGCACACAGCUCAGGCCCCCCUCCGUGCGCACACGCGUGUGCGUCCCCACGGGGGAGCUCAGGGGGCACGGUGAGCCCUAGCAAGUCUGAACACACGCGUGGCCACUUGCGCACACACGUGGCCAUGCACACGCGUGGCCAUCCCGUGUGCAGCCCAUGUUAUACGUGUGCAGCCUCCCCACGCCCCCCGGGGUCUUCCCUGCUGCACACACCCAUUUGCACACCCACUCACAAGCACGUCUGUGGUGUACGCAUCCCCUCCUUGCACGUGUGUGUGCACAUCCACACAUUUCUCAAGCAUAUGUGCACCUCACACACCUACGCACGCUCACGCACCCUGUGCACGCGCAGCCCUUGCACACCUGCCCCACCGCACGCUCACACGUGCUCCAUUAUGUGCGCACACGCACACUGAUGUGCUCCCCUUUCGUUCACACUUGCUCUUUGUUGCAUGCAGCUCCUUACACACCCCCGGUCCCCUUUGCACACACACUGCCCUUGCACUCCCCUUGCACACACACUCACCCUUUCAUUCACCCCCCUUGCACACUCAAGUGCCUCCCCCUUGCACGCACACUCCUGUAGCACACACAUCCCAUUGCACACACACACUCCCCUUGCAUGCACAGUCUCCUGUGCACACCCCAUCUGUGCGCACACACACACUCCUCUUGCACACCCUCCUUGCGCAGACACUCUCUCCCUUGUACCCCUCAAAUCGUGCACCCUCUUUGCACACCCCUAUGCACCUCACUCCCCUUUGCACACCUUCCCUGGGCACACACCCAUGAAUGCCCCCUUGCACACACACUCCCCCCCCAUCCACACUCCACUGCGCACACACCCCCUCCUUGCACUCCCCCUUGCACACAC